UCGAACUUGUGUCUGUUGUUGCGAAAAGUGCAAAUUGUCAAGAAUGGAGUACCUUUUGCAAUCCCAGAUAAAAGAUAGUUGUAAGUUAGCUCUACCUGAAGGCCUAAGGGAUUUGAUGAGCGAUAUUUCAAGAGAGGUCUUACGAGCAAGACCACAGAACCUGUAUCAAUUCAUCGCUGAUUAUCUAGCAGCUAUGUUGGUUGCGCGUGAGACGUUGACCAUUGCUGGCCAUGUAUGCAAAGGUGUUUGUGACUGCAGUUGCGAACCGGAAUUGGAUGACGAACUGCGAAAUAUCGGAUUGAGUCCAGAAGAAGUCGAUGAAGCUAAGAAUAUUAUAAUUCGAUACUUAGAAAAAGAUAAAGUUAAAGAAGAGAGUUUGGUUGCUAAAUUAUUGAGAACAAACAUAGACCAACAAAAAAUACCGAACAUACAAAAAGCAGUUAAGGCUGCCUACAAACGAAACUUACAACAUAAAUACUCUGAUGGUUCAAGCGAUGACGUCACAAGAGCGGCCAAGAACACGCUAGAAUUUUAUUGGAAGUUGGGAUCUGGUAAAAAAAAUGGAGAGUCAAACGAAGAACAGGGAUCAAUUAACGCUGGACAUCAAGCCGAUGCCUCGUCGUCAAACAGUUCGCAAUAUAUGUUCAAAAACAUUGUCUAUGAUGGAGGAAUUAACGAUUUAUACGUCUCGAGUAAUUGUAAACCAUAUAAAAAUAAUUCCUUAACUUCACUAGCGGGAUCUUACGGGAUACCUCUUGUAAGUAAACAAACAAAUAAUAAGGAACAAUUAACUAAACCUAAUAAUGAAAACGAACACUUAAAAGUGAAACAAAAGAAAUCAGAUAAAAGACAAGUGCAUAUAGAUUUAGGUGAAAUGACAGAUAAAAAUGAAAUUGUUGGAGAAAUCGUAAAAGAUGGGGAAGAAUUUGGUGAUGAAGGAUGUGGAUAUAUCGAUGAUGAAGUUUUAUACGCUGAUGAUGAAUCUGAUAUAUCCAUCACUGAAGAUAUAAUUGAAGAAUAAAACAAAAUAGUACCAAAAUAUGUGUAAAAUGCAGGGUACAUUUCAGUUGGCACGUCAAUACAAGAGUACUCUUGUAACUGAUGUGCCAACUCAAGGACGUCGGUUUUGUUUUUUAAUAAAUAAAUUUUUCGGUUUGAAAUAAUCUUUAUUUUUUUCUAAGAUAAACUAAAUUACAAGCUAAUCGUAGGGCAAAACUUAAUUGUCUAAAAAAUAUUUUUUGGUCAUAAAAAUAGUACAAAUUUUCAAUAUAUAAAAUAAACAUUCGUUCUACAUAAUAAUAAACAUAUGUACUAUGUAACCAUGUUUAAAUGCUCAACAUAUAUAUAAAAUUCAAAUAGCAAAUAAACUGUAUUAACUAAAAUUAGUGUUUAAAUAAUAAAACUUAGUAAUAGAUUAGUAGAAAUCACAGCAGACCUCGAUACCAUAUAGAACCAUAAAUAUCAACUUAAAAAAUAUUGCUAUCAAACGUGAAAAGGAACGGAUAUAUCUUCUAUCUCUGUCGGACAAACAGUUCUAAUGUAUAUCCAUCUCGUUCAUUAAACGUGGCAUCUCAAAAAGGUGAAACGGAACGGAUUUAUCUUCUAUCUCUGUCGCACACACAGCUCUAAUAUAUAUCCAUCUCGCUCACUGAACGAUGCUUGUCAUAAGGCAAAUAUUUUGGUCGAAAUUGGAUUGUUGAUAUUAAUUGAAAGACUAGGUUAUUUUAAAUAUAAUUGUUCGAUAUGCAACUAACGUUUAUAAUUAAUUUUAUAUACAGAUAUACUUAAAAACUAAUAAAUCUAAUUAUUUAAGACUAUUUGGGUGGAAACAGGUUCGGCAAAAACUAUAUUUAAAAGGUUUUGUGCGUUUUAUUAUAUUAUGGGUUAUAAUAUCAUGAACUCUUGUUAUGUACAUGUUUAUAUAUCUUAGACCUAAAUAUUUAAGUGCAAACGAUAUAAGAACCGAAUUAAAUAGGAAUAUUUGAGCUACCGUAUUCAGAGAUCUUCGUGCACUUUGGUAUUAAUAAAAUAAAUUUUAAAAUAUCAUAACAUCUUGCAGUUUUCUUAAAAAAA